AUGCGUCCAAACGUUGCCCCAGCUCUACUUUUCUUCGCCGUUUUAAGUAUUUUCUGUUAUUUGCUAUAUUCAAAUGCUAGAGAAGGUUGUCUAGACGCGUGGAGUGAUAAAGUCUUCUUGCAAGACUAUGUUCUCACGAAGAAACAUUACGUGGAAACUGCCAAGGAAAGGACAAAUUUGUUGAGAGACGUUUUACUGCAAAAGAGAACCAAAGGUUGGCGAUUCGCUGACAUCUACAAUGGAUUGGUGCCAGAGGUCUUUUGCACAUCGCUCCUCCGCGUCGGUAAAGUGAGCGAUGGUGGGAAAUGGAUUUGCCGACCGUGGAGUAUGCCAAACGAUUGUGCUGUUUAUUCAUUGGGUGUCAAUCAAGAUACGUCAUUCGAAAGAGAUCUCCAAUCAUUGACGCAAUCAAGAUGUCGACUAUAUGCCUAUGAUAAGAACCAGCCAAAAUCCGCAAAAGUCCUCGAGGGACUCGACAAAAUGAAUGUUCAUUUCAAGAAAGGAUUAAUCGGAAUUGUGAAUGAUCCGCAAAACGGAAAAUUGAGUAUUCAAGAGGAAAUGAAAUUGUAUAAGGAUAAAAGAAUCGAGAUUUUAAAGAUUGAUAUUGAAGGUGCAGAACUGAAGGUACUCCCGGAGUUGAUAAAUGCGGCUAGGAUUUGUCAGAUCCUCGUUGAGAUCCACGCCGAUCCGCAUCUUGUACUCGAUUUGAUGAAAAAGCUGGCCAAAGGCGCCCUUAUCUCACUUUUUGUCGGCUUCAUCUAUUUGAACGGUUUUCGUGCUCGUUUUCCUUCGGUCACCAUUCAAGAAGUUAUUUCCAAGGAUAACAAACAAGUGAAAAAACCCAUUCAAAUUCUCUAUUAUACACGAGUGUGGCAAUAUGUUCAACAAGAGAGAUGGGUUUCCGAUGAACAGUGCACAGGAGUGCCAGCGGGUAGCUGUAUCCUGCACAGUAACAAGUCAUUAAUCUCCGAAAGUGACGCUGUCGUUUUUGAGCCUCGUUUUAUUGAUGGAAUUGAUCUAGAAAAGAUUCCACGGAGAUCUGAUCAGAUUUUCGUUUUCUCGAUUAGAGAAGCAGCGCAACGAGUUGAGAAACCGAAGGUGCCAGAUUACUUUUUCAAUGCUUCGAUGAGUUAUUUGAGUACAGCUGAUAUCCCGUACAAUCAUCGAUAUGAGUGGAUGAGAAAAGAUGAGAGUGAGAAAAGAGGUCUAACAUUUGUCCCAAUUGGUUUCAACAAGGCUCUCUUUGAAAAGAAAUCGCAUUUCCUGAGUGCAAUGAUUGGGAAUUGUGCGAGUACGCCGAGUGGUCGAACAAAACUUGUCAAAUAUUUGGAAAAGAGAAAAUAUUUGAGUUUAUUUGGCGGUUGCUCUAAAGAUCCAGAAAGGAAAAAUGUUUGCAAAAAAAGAGAUGACGAUUGUGUGAACAGGAUUUUUGAGCAAUCAUUUUUCUUCUUAGCCUUGGAAAACUCGGUUUGUUUGGAUUAUGUGACGGAGAAAUAUUGGAAUCGAACGACGAUACAAAGUGUGCCAAUCUUAUGGAGUAGGAAAGCGGCUGAGAAACAAGGAAUCCCGGAAAACUCGGUGAUUUAUGUGGACGAUUUUGAGACGAUCGGAAAAAUGAUCGAUCAUUUGGAGUAUUUACGCUCAAAUUUGACUGCUUAUCAAGAAUAUUUUCUUUGGAGAAACGAUUACAUGUUGAUCACUAAACGUGAGAGUCGAGAGUGUCAGCUUUGUUCGUACGUUUAUCGAAAACCUUCAUCGAAAGUCUACAAAGAUGUCUAUCAAACAUUCAAAGAACAAACGGAUUCUAUUCAGCUAUCCCAAAUGAUUUCGGUGCUGAAAAUCUCGGUUCGUUUCAAUUGCGGGAAGCUGAAUCUAUUGAUGCUGUGCAUCUUCAUCGUCUCGAGUUUUCUUUUCAUGAAGAAAGUGAUAGAAAUGCAUCAAAAAGGAACGAGAAGAUAUAUGCUGAAAGAAUCAGAUGGAGUGAAAAUAUUGGAAUUUGGAGAGAAGAGGCUGGUGAAACCGACUGGAGAAGAGGGGAGGGUCGUCGAGAUCUGGGAUCUUGACGAUGACAGUCCGGAGCACGAUCUAAAAGAUUUUGACGGAUUGAUGUUAGUGCCCGAAGUGUAUGGGAAUUAUUGUGUCUACGAGAAUGUAUUAGAAGAAGAGCCACCAAAAGAGAAAUUGAUCGCGAUGAUCCUUCAUUCAUCACUCUCAUACAUUGACGAGAGUUUCGCGAAAAUGGCCUUAGCCUGGGACGGCUCAAUCUCAUUAGCUAUUUUCGUCGACGAUUUCUCGAGCAACUCCGAUAUGAAAUUGGUUGUGAACUGGAUCACGCAACUACGAUCGAAAAUCCCGUCAAAAACCGCACUUUUCAUUCAUUUGUUCUUUCAACGAAUUGAUAACGAUGAAUGUUCAAUGUUCUUUAUUGAAAAGAAACAUUUGGUGAAAAGUGAUGUUUCGUUGCCGAAUAAUUCAAUCGAUCCAGCUACAUAUCCGAUAAAUGUGGCGAGAAAUUUGGCGAGAAAAUUCGCGCCACCACAUCACUAUUUUCUUGUGGCUGAUAUGGAUCAGGAAUAUUCUUCUGAUGCUGAAAGAAAACUCCGAUCGAUCGCUGACUCAAGAAAUCUCACUACUGUCAAAGAAGUGUUGGUGAUUCGACGUUUCGAGCAUGAGCUAAAUUCGAGUUCGCCCAAAACGAUCGCCGAACUCCAUUCUCGAUACAACAAAGAUGUAUUCUUUUUUCAUCAGAAAUACUUCUCCCCAGCACACGCGAUCCCCAAUUUAACUGAAUGGUUUCAUAGAGGAGGUCAGUCGAUGAAGGUAACCCCAGUGAAAUAUCAUAGUCAUUAUUGGGAACCGAUGUUUGUCGCCUCAUCAAAUAUCCCGUUUCAUGAUGAGACAUUGAGAUAUCAACAUAAAAAUCAUCUCGCAUUGUGUUGGGAUCUUUGCGUUUUCGGGUACAAAUUUCUCAUCGUUGAUGGCGUUUUCAAUACGCAUAGUGGAGUGAAAGAGUUGAAAAAGACUGGAUAUUACAAAUGGUCGUCAAAAGAUGCCGAGAAAAUAGCCAAAGAAGCGGCAGAGAUUCACAGUAAACAACUGAAAAAAUCUCAUCCAAAAGAAUAUCAACAAUGUUUUGGAGAAAAGAAAAAACCGAAAACGACGAAAAAACCGACAACGAUUAGUACAAAU